CAUUUAAUAACCUAGACAGUCCUUGCUCCUAGCAAAGUAUAGAGUGUAAGAGUUUAAGUAAUAAACUUGAAUAAAUAAAUAAAAUAAAAAAAUUGUUGGUUUUUAUAACGGUGUGGCCAUUCAUUAUAGGGAUUAAUUCGUUAAUGUUAUAGAGGUUACUCAGUCAAUGUUACAGGGGUUACUUCGUCAAUGUUUUAAAUUUUGCUCGAUCGGUAUUAUAGGAUACUCGAUCAGUGUUAUAGGGGUUACUUUGUUUUUUUUUCUAAAAGUUGACUAAAUUCACAAUUAUUAGGAUGCAAAUGUUUUUAUUUUUCUAUUUUCCUUUCAAAAAUCCUCAAAAAAGCUAACUUCACUUGAUCCACUGCCCUACUCCUAUAUAUAGACAUACAGUUAUUGCUCCAAAGUAUCGCCUUGCAAUUUAUGGAAAUUAACAUCAAUAGAAAAUUCUCACACCUCAAUACAGCAAAAGCAGCAUUCUCAGUAAACUCGAACAUGCUGAUCAUCAUAACCUGCAUUCUCUGUGCCCUCAUUUGUGUAAUGGGACUCAUGGCAGUAACCCGCUGCGUGUGGCCCUGCCCUCAGCCUCCUACUACGCGGGGAACUACUGAUGAAGUGGUUCCCAACGAAUGCUUGAAGAGGGAGAUCAUUGACUCGCUCCCUAGAAAGGUCUUUGAGUCUGGCAGUCUGACAGCUGCUGCUGAUGCGGCUACAAGUGAGAAUGAUAAAGCAGCAUCAGAGUGUGUGAUUUGUUUGGCUGAGUUUGUGGAAGGAGAGGAGGUUAGGGAAUUCCCAGGAUGUUCCCACGUGUUCCAUGUUGAAUGUAUUGACACGUGGUUGAUCGGGUCCCAUUCCUCCAGCUGCCCUUCCUGCCGUCAAACGCUGGUUGUUGUUAACCAGUGCCAGACCUGCAAGACCGGUGUAUCUGUGGUGUUUCAACAGCAAGAAGCUGAUUUCUUACCUUAAUUUAGCAUCUUACUCUACAAUAUCAUACAAGUAGUAUAUAUACUGUUCAUAAAAUAAGAUCUCUUACAAGAGAGAAUUCUAUUACCACUGCCACUCUGCAAGUUUUCAAAGUGGUACAAUAGAUAAAAAUUUUAGGUUACAGUGUCAAAUUAUACUCCACCA